GCGGCUCCUCCCGUCCUCCUGGCGGCGCUGUCGGCGGCGGCUGCCUUGAUUCGCUGGCGCCGAUGUUUCCUGUUUCCGUGGCCGGAGCCUGAGCGCUGGGCCGCAGACCCCCGCGAUGGCCGAUUCUUGUUUCCAGUGUGACCCGGAUUUCUGCCCCGAGUGCGGAACGAUCCUGGUGCUCCCCGGGCCUGAGGACUAUGUCGUGUGUCGCAAGUGUGACUUUAAAAUCAGCGUCCGCAAGUUUGAAGGAAUGGAGAUCCACUCAGAAAUGGUGUUUAACAAUCCAGACGUCAUGCGGUCAAACCUGGCCGCUGAGAACGAGGAUGGGGAUCUCAAGGGGCCUGUGGUGGACCGGAAGUGCUCGCGGUGCGGACACGAAGGGAUGGUGUACCACACAAGGCAGACCCGCUCGGCAGACGAAGGGCAGACUGUGUUCUACACGUGCACGAGCUGCAGAUACCAAGAAAAGGAGGACUCCUAACCAGGGUUGGGAAUGGCUGAGAGCGUGUGGCGAGACGUCGGACUGACCCUCAGAGAAACUGGUUUGGUGGAGGUUUGCUGUAGCAGUAAAGUGUCCUGGACUGACGCACAAACACGGGAGGCAUAGCCUCAGCAAGCUGGGACUGCCCUUUGAACCAGGGGACUGCGGGUGCAGCCAAUGAAGUGAUUACUGUUCGGGGGGGGGGGCUCUGUUAUCUCCCGCUCCUUCAUUUCAUCUUCACUCCUCCCCCCACCCUCUCUGUUCAAUCCGCCCACAACCCCCCCCAUCACCCUUUCUUCCAUCUUUCCUUCUUUCCCUCCCAUUCCCCUCUUCAAUCCGUUCUCAACCCCCCUCCUCAUCGCUCUUUCUUCCAUCUUUCCGUCUCCCCUUCUCUCUCACUCUGUCUCUCUCACACUCACUUCUCUGUCUCCCGCCACCCAUAUGAUAUUCUGUUCUAGAUUGUGUAGAUAAGCAAACCAAAUUUAGAUUGUAAGAGUCUGUGAGACGCUGUCGCAUAAUGUUGGCUUAACUGGGGAUUCAUGGGUAAUAAACAAAGCUUCAUGUA